CACACACACACACGCUGACCUGGUUGGAGGUCUGCCAAUCCCAUCAUGCAACUGAACUCACACACACCAUUAAUCUGUCCUAUUAAUGAACGGCUAUUUGUCUUUUCUGUUUCAGGGAUUCAGUUCGUUACCUGAAGCGUCUCCGCCUCCAUCUGUCUUCUUCUUCUUCUUCUUCUUCUGUUUCUUCUUCUUCUUCUUCUUCUUCUUCCACUUCUUCUUCUUCUCCGUCGUCGUGUUUGUGUUUUCAGAUAUUUUUGCCUCCUCGUUGGAUUUUGGACAAACAGACGCUGUGAGCUGCUUCUUCCUGGUUUUUGGGGUAAUUAAGAGUUUUUCUCUUCAUGGAGGUAAAUUAAACAAACGUAAAGAUUUAUGAGUGAAUGUAAAUACGUCUUGUUUCCAGAAUGCUUUAAUCUUUGGAUUUUUGCAGUUUUUCUUCAAGUUUGGUCAAACAGGUUCAAGUGAAGGCGAGAAACUGGACAGACUGAUAAAAGUGGAGAAGAGAAAUUUAACGACGGACAUAAACAAAUAUCGACAAGAGUUGAUGUUAAAAGAUACUUUAAAGUUUAAACGUGGAAGGAGAAUUUCAGGAUUUAUUAAAUUAUUCAUCUUUAGGACUUUAAAAUGAAUCCAGAGAAUGAAAAUAAGAGUUUUUAACGGAAGGAAGAAGCCUGAAGUAUGAUUUGCUGGAUUUGUGGACUUGAAAUGUGAAAUGAAAAGAUGUGAAGAAGAAAAUAAAGGAAAGACGAGACAGAGUUUAACAAGAAAUAACAAAAAGAGGAAACAAAGUAACAGGAAGAGGAAACAAUGACGGAAACGAACAAAACUUAUAAACAGGAUUAAAAAAGAGGAAAAAUCACAAAAUAAACCAGAAGUAAAAGAAAAGAAGAAGAGACAAAGAAAGGAGGAUGACUGACCGACCUUUGACCUCUGCAGCCACUUUCUUCAUCUGAACACUCAAGUCUCAGAGGAGGAGGGCGUCACCGCUCUCGUAACCAUGGACGACCAUGGUGCCGUGAUGAAGAACGGCAACUGUGAGGCGGCGCGGCAGACCAGUGACAUCACCUUCAGCACCAACAUAAACCCCACAUCUGGCCUGAGAAGGAAACAGCUGCUGUGGAAAAAUGCCGUCAGAAACAUCAUCGACCAGCACAACCUGUACUCACUGCAGCUCGCCGGCGGCAUGGAGAGGGGCCGCCACUGCAUCACCGUCACCGACGCCUACAUCGCCGACAUCAACAGGCAGAUCCGCAGUAAGGCGUCACGCGGAGCGUUUUGGCAGAAGCGUCGAUCGUCUGCGGCUCGUAUCCACCCGGCGACACCAAAGAUCACCGCGGCAAUGAAGGCCAAACACGAAUCGCUCAGUGACGCCGACUUCUUUGUGUCGUGGGGACUGACAGUUCGAGGCGUCUUCAUUCCUGCUCUGCAACACACAUUCAAGUCUCCGGACUUGGAGCAGCUGUAUCAGCAGUUCUCUUCGGGUCAGAGAAGAACCUCGCUGGUCGUCACAAACCUGAUCGACAUCCUGACCCGCCUGCUGGUCUCACUGCUAACGUGGCCGCUGGGCUGGGGGAGCGUGGCCUCUGAUUGGCUGGCUGGACUGUCGGUCCUCCUGUGGACGGGGAUCUGCGUGCUGGCGCUGACCAGGAGGGAGGUGAUGUCAUCGCCGCAGUGGCUGAGGUACCUGUCUGUGGUCAGCUGGUUGUCUCAGACGGUGCAGGUGUUGGUGGGCGCGUUCAAUCGGGGGGGGAACGAUCAAUCCUGGUACGUCUUCUUCACGCUCUUCUCCACCUACACCCUUCUGCCCCUCCCCCUGCUGUGGUCCAUCGUCGCCGGGGCAACCACCUCUAUGCUGCACCUCCUGUUGGAUGUCUGCUGUCACCACGGUGACCACACCUUUGUCAGAAAGGUGUUGGCGAAGGCGUUGCUGUACCUCAGCAUGAACACUGCAGGUCUGUUCAUCCACUACCUGUCUGACCGCACGCAGAGGCAGGCCUUCCUGGAGACCCGGCGCUGCAUCGAGGGACGAGUCCGGCUGGAGAGAGAGAACCACAGACAGGAGCGUCUGGUGAUGUCCAUCCUGCCUCGCUUCUUGGUUCUGGAGAUGAUCACUGACAUGGCCACCAUGGAUGAAUAUCUGCUGCCUCAGCAGUUCCAGAAGAUCUACAUCCACCACUACAAAGAUGUCAGCAUCUUGUUUGCAGACAUCAUCGGCUUCACCUCCCUGUCUCUGAUCCUGUCGGCUCAGGAUCUCGUUAGAACUCUAAACGAGCUGUUUGGUCGCUUUGAUAAGCUGGCUGAGGAGCAUCAGUGUUUGCGUAUUAAGAUCCUUGGUGAUUGUUAUUACUGUGUGUCGGGAGUCCCGGAGCCUCAGAGAGGCCACGCCCGCUGCUGUGUGGAGAUGGGCCUCAGUAUGAUCAGCACUAUACGGUACGUUCGUCGGGAGCUGCAACAGGAGGUCGACAUGCGGAUCGGCGUCCACUCUGGUUCGGUUCUUUGUGGCGUUUUGGGUCUUCAGAAGUGGCAGUUUGACAUCUGGAGCUGGGACGUCGACAUCGCCAACAGUCUGGAGGCUACAGGAGUGCCGGGGCGGAUUCACAUCUCGCGGGCCACUCUCGACUACCUGGGCGGGAUCUACGAGACGGAGGCGGGGCUCGGCCGGGAGCGCAGCGCGUUUCUACGGAGACACAACAUCGACACGUUCCUGAUCCGCCCGGCGCAACGGGAAGAGGCGGUGCCACCGAGGGCACGGCGCCCGAGUUACGACGAGAUGACGACGUGGAGCGCCGAGCUGCCGUUCGGUGACAUCCUGGGAAUGAACUUUAUCCUCGCCACUUUCACCAACGGCUCGCUGACACAGCUGCCCAAUCAGGCGGCGCAGCAGUCAGGGUUGCGGGAGGUCAACAAGAGGAUUCGUGAGGCCAUGGAGGUCCGGAGCAGCGAGCGAAUGAGAAAAGAGCACAUCACCACCUUCUCUCAGGUGUUCAAGGACUCCCACAUGGAGGGAAAGUUCUCACAGAUGAGAGACGAACUCUUCAAAUCCAACAUGGUUUGUUCUUUCAUCCUGCUGCUGCUGCUGAUGGCCGUCCAAGUGCUAAUCCCCGCCCCUCGGUGGUGUCCGAUGGUGGCUCAGUUCGUGGUCGGCGGCAGCGUUCACCUCCUGCUCCUGCUGCUGACUCUGGGGGAGGAGUUUAAGCGUUGCCCCGCCCCCCUGCAGUCACUCUGCUGCUGGAUUCACGAAACCAAGAAUGCCCGCACUCUGCUCACGCUCACCGCCAUCACCGUCAACUUCGGAGUCGCCUCCUCGGACAUCCUGUGGUGUGACUCGUCACAAACGCACAUCAACAGCAGUGACUCAGUGUUGGCUCCGCCCACCUCCGCCUGGCCCGACAUCAACAUCUGCACGCAUCCAGAGUACAUGGUGCUGAGCGGCGUGGUUGCCAUGGUUACCUGUGCGGUGUUCCUCAGGCUGAGCUGUGUGUUGAAGCUCGCCGCCCUGCUGCUGGCCGCCGCCCUCUACACCUACCUGAUAGAGACACACAGGUCUCAUCACUUGUGCAGGAGAGGAGUUUGUAUCGUUCUCAUGGUGAUGUUUGUGGUGGCCGUCCUCUACAACGGCCGGCAGCUGGAGGCGACGGCACGGCUGGACUUCCUGUGGCGUCUGCAGGCGAGGAAGGAGGUGGAGGACAUGAAGGAGCUGAGGGAGCACAACGAGUGUCUGCUGCUCAACAUCCUGCCCGCCCACGUCGCUCAGCACUUCCUGCAGAGAGACCGCGACAACGAGGAGUUGUACUCGCAGUCGUACGAGCGAGUCGGCGUCCUGUUCGCGUCUCUGCCGGGAUUCUCCGACUUCUACGAAGAGAAGGAGCUCGUUCAUCAACACGUGGAGUGUCUCCGCCUCCUCAACCACAUCAUCACCGACUUCGAUGAGCUGCUGGAGGAGUGUUACUUCCAGGACGUGGAGAAGAUUAAAACCAUCGGUAGUUCCUACAUGGCGGCUUCUGGUCUCUCUCCUGACAGACAGGAGUGUGAGGACGGCUGGGAUCACCUCAGUGAGUUGGUUCUGUUCGCUCUGGCGAUGCAGGAAACUCUCACACACAUCAACACACACACAGGAAACAAGUUCCAGCUCCGAGUCGGCAUCGCUCACGGCCCCGUGAUCGCCGGCGUGAUCGGCGCCACCAAACCUCAGUACGACAUCUGGGGGACGACGGUGAACAUGGCGAGCAGGAUGGAGAGCACCGGAGUCAGCGGGACCAUACAGGUCCCAGAAUCCACCAGCUGUAUCCUGGUGGAACGAGGCUUCCUACGGCAGCUCAGAGGGAACAUUUACAUCAAAGGCGUCAGUGAACGCCACGGCAAGGUUCGGACCUUUUUCGUGAGCAGUCCUGAGGAGCGAUCCAGUUUCAUGGAGCGCGGCGGUGGGCGGGGCUUAGUUCAGAGCAGGAACACUCUGGGAGCCGUCGUCUACAGUCUGGUUCACGCCCAGAAGAACGAGAAACUGAGAGAAGAGAACGGAGGCUUUCAUCUGGUGGGGGCUUCGUAGGAGGAAGAGGAAGAGGAGGAGGAGGAGGAGGAGGAGGAGGAGGAGGAGGAAG